UAUUUUGUUGUGUUGAAGCGAAGCGUCAAUACAUCCUGUCACGACACUUCGACUUUAAAGGUCGAUAUGGUGGAGAGUAGUAUUUAACAUCACUACGCAACAUUGGGGAGUCGUGAGUGGGUCAAUCAGCGACGAACAGCAAACCACAACUUUAAGAGGAAGACGGUUGCCAUAGUUAACUCGGCUGGACAGCUAGUAGGAUCCCUUUUGACAAGCUACAAGUUAGCUAACGGGCUAAUUAGGCUGCUCUUCGGAGUUUUUCGUUCGCUGUGAGGGAAUGGAGAAAGCUAAACAAGAUGCAUUCGACAAUGCCAGACUUCAAGUGAUCAAAGAUGGCUACGAGAGGGCCUUCGAGUGCAUCAAUAAAGCACUCACAGCAGAUGAAGCUGGAGACAAGGCACAGGCCGUUGAGCUCUACAAGCGAGGGCGGCAGCACCUUCUCAGGGCCAUCAGUGUGCCUUCACACGGAGAUGAGUGUGAAGGCAGCUCCUGGGAAUCAGCCAGACAGAUGCAGCACAAGAUGCAGGAGACGCUGAACAACAUCACCACUCGCCUGGCCAUACUGGAGACCAGCUCUGACAUUGGAUCUGCACCUACAUUGAACACUAGCAGUGUGUAUGGCUCCGAUGCUACAGACACAUCUAAAGGAGGUCUCUACCCAAAACUUGCCACCAAAAACAAGCCAGAGAAGCCAGCUAAUCCAAACCUACUUUCUGCCAAUGGCCAGGCAGCAGGAGCGGUAGGAGGCAUGCCUGCAUGCUGUAGUGGAGGUCUACCUCUCUCACCAACCAGACAGCUUGUGCCUCCAGCCAUACAGCCUCCAGCUUACUCUCCCCAGGCAGCUGACGGCCAUCUGUCUAUCUCAUAUGGGACAGAAUCAGGGGAAAUGUCAUUGGUUGGGGAUGAGUUCUACAGUCGUACAUCUAACUCAACACCAUCUCCCCAGAGUAUGGGUGAAGAUGGAGAGGAGCUGGUGUAUAUUCCUCAUGGUGUACAGAUAUUCUUUGUCACACCUGAGGGGCAGGUGAGCGCUCCGUCGUACCCAGGCUACCUGCGGCUGGUGAAGUUUACCAGUGACCAUUCUGACAGUAUGCCCAACAGGCCACCAGCAUUUCUGCAGGUAUGUGACUGGCUGUACCCUCUCAUGGCUAUGGACUCUCCAGUGUUGCUGUGUAACACUGGUGUGUUUAUGUUUCCGGACAUGAUGGCGCCAGCUCCAGGCUAUUAUGUGGGGGUGGUGUUGUCCUCUGAGCUGCCUGCUGAAGACAGAGAGAUGUUCCAGGACCUGCUGUCUCAGAUGACAGAUCUCAGGGUGCAGGCUCCAGAUGAAGCUGCAGGCACCAUUAAUCUCAGUCAGAAGGUGUCCAUUACUACACCUGAGGAGACUGCACCAGCAGAAACCGAGGAGGAGAAGGCUUUGCCUGAGUGGAGUGAAAAGGUGGCAAAUGGGAUCCUGACAGGUGCAUCAUGGCUAAGCUGGGGCCUCGUCAAAGGAGCUGAGUUCACAGGCAAAGCCAUUCACAAAGGUGCAUCAAAACUCAGAGAACACAUCACUCCAGAGGACAAACCCACCCACGUCAGCCCCACAGUCACCAAAGGCCUCCAUGUAGCCAAGCAAGCGACAGGGGGAGCGGUCAAAGUCAGCCAGUUUCUAGUGGACGGGGUAUGUGCGGUCGCUGGCUGUGUGGGUCGAGAGUUGGCACCACACGUGAAGAAACACGGAGGCAAGCUGAUCCCAGAAUCUAUGAAGAAAGACAAGGAUGGGCGUUCCAACAUAGAUGGAGCCAUGGUGGUGGCUGCCAGUGGAGUGCAAGGAUUUGCAACCAUGUGGACUGGUUUGGAAGUAGCAGCCAAGAACAUUACUACAAGUGUAGCAUCAGAGACAGUCACCACUGUAAAACAUAAGUAUGGAGCAGCAGCAGGACAAGCCACAGAUCACGCUGUCAAUUCUGCUAUUAAUGUUGGUCUCACUGCCUUCAAUGUUGACAACCUGGGGAUCAAAGCUGUGGUGAAAAGAACUGGCAAGCACACCGCGCAGGCCAUUUUGGAGGACUACAAGCUUCAUGAAACACCAGAGAACGGGAAGCAAGUGGAGAAAUCAAACAAAUAGCUGUUAGUGCCCUGCCUACAUUCCCACGGAAUGCCUUAAAGCAUAAUUUGUAUUCUUCUAUCAAAUAAAUCUAUAUUUAAUAUUCAUUAUUUAUAGAACAUCUUCUAUAUUUACAAAUUAACUACUGUUCUAUGCAUAUCCUGUAGUUUGAUACAGAUCUUAAGCACUUUAAUCUUUAUGUAAAACAAGGUAGAUGGACCUAAAUGAGAAGAAACUGCAGAUUAUCUAACCAAAAUUAAAACACAGUUAUAAAGUAUGAUAUACAAUACACAGUGUAACAUUCAGGUAUUACCAUUUCAUGUGCAAGAUCCCAGUUUAACUCUUCUUUGUACUAAGACAGCAUUAAAUUGUUGACUAGACACUGGACCCUUUCCUAAUCUUUGUGAAACAUUUGUGUGUUAGAGUUCUUCUGGUAGGGAAAGUGCAAUUUCUGUACUUUGAAUGAAUGAUCCAAAAUAUUGUCUGUGUCAGUAUGUUCAGUUCUUCAGAUAUCACUGUGUCAGGAAAAAAGUGUCUGUUAUAAUGUUGUUUUUUUCCCUACUGUGUUUAAAAUUAGAAGUAAUCACUGCUGCUUACUGUGCCUGCAAAAUAUCAGAUGGUGUACAAAUAUCGAAUGUGUUGUGAAAGUGAAGCUGUAAAACUAUACGGUCUGUUAUGUAUUUUUGUCAGUAAGACAGUUUUUGCCGUCUCUCAUGAAUGAGGGGUUCUAAAAUGUUAAUGUCCCCCACCUGCACGUCUGCGGAGUCUGAAACUGUCAGACUUAUUAGACUGGUGUUCUGCCACAAUGUGCAGUGCUUUUUCUGCAUUUCAGCUUAGUUGUAUCCAAGUAUUUUUAGAUGUCAGUGUUUAUAGUGUGUUUCUUAUAAAAAUCUAGAUUUUAUUUGGUGGACAAAACCUUUAACAAAAUGUGAAAUUUGAAGUGUAAUGCUAACUUUGCUUGCAACUCAGUUGGUUUGUGCAGUGACCUGGUUUGUAAUCUUUUUAAACUCAAGCUUUAAGACCUAAGACCUCAGCAGGCAAAUGUAACUGUCAGAUGACUUAAAUACUCCAGUUGUGCAUUGAGAUUUCUUUCACACCAGAAAUACUGAGGAUUUUCUGAAAAAAUAAAAUAAAAUAUAUAAAAGAA